CGAUAUGUUUACACUCACUUCCUUAAUCCUGGCAAGUCAGCUGACCCAUAUCGUGACAAAAAAAUUUCGCUUCACUGCUGAGUAGGAUAUUACAAGGAUUGUCGCUAAUUCUAUGCGAAUACAACUUUCUCACAUUCAUGAUGGACGUUUCCAAGCUACCUAAGAUUCGAGAUGAGGACCGCGAGGGUCAGUUUGGAUUUGUGCAUGGAGUUUCAGGCCCAGUGGUGACAGCCUCUAGCAUGGCAGGUGCGGCCAUGUAUGAACUGGUACGUGUGGGCCACAGUGAGCUGGUGGGAGAGAUUAUCAGAUUGGAGGGUGAUAUGGCAACCAUCCAGGUGUACGAGGAGACUUCCGGAGUGUCUGUUGGAGAUCCUGUCCUCCGCACAGGAAAGCCCCUCUCUGUGGAACUAGGGCCCGGAAUCAUGGGCUCCAUCUUUGAUGGUAUUCAGCGUCCCCUCAAAGACAUCAAUGACCUCACCCAAAGCAUCUAUAUCCCCAGAGGAGUUAACAUUGGAGCUCUUAAUAGGGACCUCAAAUGGGAGUUUUCUCCCUCUCAUAAUCUGAGGGUCGGCAGUCACAUUACAGGAGGUGAUAUCUAUGGAAUGGUGUUUGAGAACUCUCUCAUCAAGCACAAGAUCAUGCUGCCCCCCCGCAGCAGGGGCACAGUCACCUACCUCGCUCCAUCUGGAAAUUAUGACGUCUCUGAUGUGGUGCUGGAACUGGAGUUUGAAGGAAUAAAGGAGAAGUUCACCAUGCUGCAGGUGUGGCCUGUGCGACAGGUGAGGCCUGUAACUGAGAAGCUACCAGCCAACCACCCCUUACUGACUGGACAGAGAGUACUGGACGCCCUCUUUCCUUGUGUUCAAGGAGGGACCACAGCCAUCCCUGGAGCUUUUGGUUGUGGUAAGACUGUGAUCUCUCAGUCUCUCUCCAAGUACUCCAACAGUGAUGUCAUCAUUUACGUGGGUUGUGGAGAACGUGGAAAUGAGAUGUCUGAAGUAUUAAGAGAUUUUCCAGAGCUUACCAUGGAAGUGGAUGGGAAGGUGGAGAGCAUUAUGAAGAGAACAGCACUGGUGGCCAACACUUCUAACAUGCCUGUGGCUGCCAGAGAAGCCUCCAUCUACACCGGUAUUACUUUGUCUGAGUACUUCAGAGACAUGGGCUAUAACGUCAGUAUGAUGGCUGACUCCACCUCUCGUUGGGCUGAGGCUCUUAGGGAGAUCUCUGGUCGAUUGGCUGAGAUGCCUGCUGAUAGUGGAUAUCCUGCAUACCUUGGAGCCCGUCUGGCAUCAUUCUAUGAGAGAGCAGGUCGUGUGAAAUGCCUGGGCAACCCAGAGAGAGAGGGCAGCGUCAGCAUUGUGGGAGCUGUGUCUCCCCCUGGUGGUGACUUCUCAGAUCCUGUGACUUCUGCUACUCUUGGCAUUGUGCAGGUGUUCUGGGGUCUGGAUAAGAAGCUUGCCCAGAGGAAACACUUCCCCUCCGUUAAUUGGCUUAUCAGUUACAGUAAAUAUACGCGAGCACUGGACGAGUACUACGAUAAACACUUCCCAGAGUUUGUGCCACUCCGUACGAAAGCCAAAGAGAUUCUGCAGGAAGAAGAGGACCUGGCUGAGAUUGUGCAACUUGUUGGAAAGGCAUCUCUGGCUGAAACAGAUAAAAUCACUCUGGAGGUGGCGAAACUCAUUAAAGAUGACUUCCUGCAGCAGAAUGGUUACACCCCAUAUGACCGAUUCUGUCCGUUCUAUAAAACAGUGGGGAUCCUGUCCAACAUGAUAGCUUUUUACGACAUGGCUCGGCAUGCCGUUGAAACCACGGCACAAAGUGAUAACAAGAUCACCUGGGCACAGAUCCGUGAACACAUGGGAGAAAUACUGUAUAAAAUCAGCUCCAUGAAGUUUAAGGAUCCAGUCAAAGAGGGUGAGGCAAAGAUCAAAGCUGACUACGCUCAACUGCUGGAAGACAUGCAGAAUUCCUUCCGCUCCCUUGAGGACUAAAUGCGACCGUUUGACCUCACAUCUGUCCACCCCUGUGCGUGUGCAUGUGUACCUCUAGUCUUAAUGUACACUAAUGCUGUUCAGCUAAUCAAAACUACACAAAUGAAAGUCAGCCAGUAGCCAUUGCUAAUCUGAACCCAGUCUUCAAAAAGGAUAAAAACACUGUUACAAAAAGGAAAAUGAUUACUUUGUUUCUGAACUGUAUGAUUGUAUUUGAAUAUCUUGAGCAAAUGCCUCUGUGACCUCUCUGUGCUGAAACACUUUAAGCACAAAAACACAAAACAUUCAUCUUCUCUUUUUUUCAACACCUGCUUUCCUGUGAGUCCUUGAUGCAUGUGUUAGGAGCACAGUGUUUAUUCCCCACCCUGUUUUCUCUGUAAAUAAUAGCAAUGUGUUAAAAAAUAAUGGGAACAAUGGAAGUCAGAAAGGGAUCAUUGAGGCUUCCCUUAUUUAUUUGAAUCUUAUUUUGUCUCAUUAAUGUGAUUUCUGCUCUAUGUGUGUUACUUUUAUUGUUCAUCAUAUUCCUGUGAGUGAGUUUGUUGGAGUGUGCAUGGGUGUGUGUUUAGAUUAUUGUGGCUUUUGUAGUGGUGCAUUUACCAUGGGUUGUUGUUGUGUGUUCAGUUCCAAAGAAUUAAAAGGAUGGAAACUCUUA